AUGGCAUCAUUCAAUGAGGAGAUGGAAUCAACAAAAAGCAAGAUUACAGCAGCGGGAACCAAAAUUGAAAUUACAAAGAAACCGAAGCAGUCACAAAAAACAGGAACAAGAAGCCAAACGAGGACUACCGAGGUCAAUGGCGGAGACAGACAGCAACAAGAAAACCAUGAGACAGAGGAGAGCCAAGGUAAAACUCAGGGCACAUCAACUUUGGUCACAGCAGAAGCAUCAACCUCAAACGUAAAUGUUGAUCAAGACCAAGGGAAUGUAGCGUUGGGAGGUGGAGAGAUGAAGGACAGCGGUGUUACAAAGAGAAAGGAGGAAAGAGAAGGAAGUGCAUCUGAUAAUGACGAAAACGAGCAGUCCAGGAAAUCCAAGUGGAUGUGGAGAACCAAAAACGAAUAUUAUUUCGGUGAUGCUCAAAGAUCAGACAAAAUGCUAAGAGUGUUCAAUGCAGUCUACGGAGGUGAUCACCCGACGCAAGAUGACAGAGACAGAGUCACCAACAACCCAAUAAAUGUCGCGGAGGGCAUACACAACGUUGUCCGUGAGGAGCCGCAACAAGAAAAUCGGCGGCCAAGAACCAAGUCUUUGGUCGCCGGAAGCAAUAGCAAAAGCAAAAGCAAGAGCAAGACAGAAGCUAGACCUGUGAGGAAAGCAGAAGAGGAGAAGUCAGAGAAGAUGGUCUUGAAGAAGGAGAAGCCAACAACAAAGGCAAAAGAGAGCAGAAAGGGAGAAGACUCAGGUGAGAGUCGGACAGACUCAAUAUGA